AAUGACUUUGUUAUCAAUAUUUGCAAUUAGUAUUUUAUUUCUCUCAAGGGCAAUAGCUCUUGAUGUCACCGGAACAGUAACACUUUCUGAUGAUGCAAUUGCUCUGGGGGAAGAUUUCCUGGUUGAAGAAGGGGGUGAACUUACGGUAGUACAGGGUCAAAUUCAGUUAUCCCUUGGUUCAGUAACAGUCAACCAGGAAGGUCAGUUUUAUUUUAAGGAAUCGGAUUCAACUGCAGAAUUCCAUAUUAGUACUGUUGUAAAUAAUGGUUUUAUGUUGUUCGACACCCUGGAUGUGAAUGUUGCUUUUCUUUAUAUAGAUAGCAGUCUUGAAAACAAUGGAGAAAUGGUAUUUUUGGCACAAGAACUUAACCUUAUCAUAAAUAUUCAAAGUAAUACAGGUUCUAUGACUUUCUGGGGAAACACUGGUACUGUGGAAGUUUAUCAAGGUAUCAAUACAGGAAAUAUUUGCUUUUAUGAGCAAACAGAAGUGAUUUCUGACUCAGGUGGUGAUGGAUGUAUUGCUCUUUUUAAUUCAGUUGCAGACUAUAAAAAUCCUGAUGCUAGUUUUAUUCCUACCAUUGUUUUUCAAGGUACACAAAAUACAUUUGAGAUCAAUCCAGGUGUACCAGGUCUGUCAUACAAGUUGGUUCAAUUCGGAAUCGGUGAUGUUUUUAUUAUACCAUAUUUAUCAUUUGCUGGUUACAACUAUGACCCAGAUACGGGAAUAAUUACGAUAGAGAAUGCGGUUCCAGUACAGCUUGAUAUUGGUACAGGGUAUGAUGCAAGCAAGAUUUCCGUAACCGCUGCCGGUACUUCUGUUGUUGUACUUUCCUAUAAUGGAGAUGUGCCACCUGGAGCAAACUCAGGAGGAUGUUCGUGCGUUUUAAAUACCACUCCAUCUUGGGCCUCUAGUCCUAGCACCUCAAUUGAAAACGAAUCUACAAGUACUGAAGAGGAAUCAACAGAGGUUGAAUCAGACUCGUCUACCGAAGAAACUACUGAGGCUGAAACUACAUCCAGUGAAUAUGAGUCUUCCACGGAGGAAGUUGAAACUUCCUCUACCGAAACUUCAUCAACUGAAACUUCCUCUACUGAAAUUUCUUCUACUGAAGAGUCGUCGUCGCAAUCAAGUACUACUGAAUCUUCUUCCUCUGUAUCCACUCAGACAACAUCGAAAUCACACCACCCUCAACCUACUUUCUGUAUCCAUCCAAUCAACGACAAAAUCAAAAAGUUCUGUGAUGACUACAAAAAUGAACACGGACAUCCCAAUGGAAACCAGCCUGGACAUGGAAAUAAACCUGGUAAUGGCAAUAAACCUGGCAAUGGCAAUAAACCUGGUAAUGGUAAUAAACCUGGUAAUGGAAAUAAACCUGGUAAUGGAAAUAAACCUGGCAAUGGAAAUCAACCCGGACAUGGUAGUCAGCCUGGUAAUGGUAACAAACCUGGCAAUGGGAACGGCAAUAAUAAUGGUAAAGGAAACAACCAGUUCCCUGGAAGCGGUAAAGAUAAUGGCAAUAAACCAGGUUUUGGUAAUCCUAAUGGUAAUGGUAAUAAUAAAGGAAAUAACCAGGGUCAUGAUAAUGGUAAUGGCAACAACAACAACGGCAACGGCAACGGCAAUAAACCUGGCAAUAACAACAACAACGGCAAAGGUGGAAACAACGGACAUAAACGUGCUUUACACUAAGUAUAUUGCCUCGUCGAUAAACAUGCUUGGUUCACCAUUCAUAUCUGUUGGUUAUCUUGUUGGUAAAUAGUACCCAGUUUACCGUCUGGAUCUAAGUUUAUUUUUUAUUUUGUUUCAUUCUUUAUUCUAUUUUAACCGUAAUUGUUCAAACUACAAAGGUAUAUAAAUAUACAAAGGCUUAUGCUAAAUAGUAUAAUGAAAUACAU